UGCACAGUCCCAACAACGGUUUCCAAAGUUGCUGAGUGCCUGUGCACUGACACUCUAUCUGUUUUGGCUGUCUCUGUAUGGUGACAGGCAUCUUGACAGUGCAGCAAGAUGCUGCUCCAUGAUCGCAGUCCAGAUACUUCCCCAUUCAAUGGCCAUUCUCAAAGACACCACUCCUUCAGCAGGUCAUACAAUUCAGACAUGUCUUUAGCGACACCGAUGUCUCCGGCAAGCAUGUCGAGAUCAAUGCACUUUGCGUCUCCAACUCCCGCUUCCAGACACGAAAGACAACAGUCUUACUCGCCUUCAGCUUCCUUCACCUCCAUCCCGCACCAUGUCCGAACACAGUCCCUCCAGAGGCAGUCCAGUACGUCUAGUACUUUUGCGCCAAAAUUCAUCAAGUCCGAUGAGAUGCGAAAGAGUGAGGACAGGAUCUCCGCCAUAGAGGGCGAGAAUGAUUUCUCUGGAAAAAGAUAUGUGUGGGUUAAGGAUCCAGAGAAAGCCUUUGUGAGGGGCUGGAUAACAGAGGAACUCCCUGGCAAGAAGGUGCUAGUACAGUUCGAAAAUGGUUCACAAAUUGAGACCGAAAUCGACGAGGUGGAUAAGGUCAACCCCGCCAAAUUCGACAAGGCCGACGACAUGGCAGAACUCACCCAUCUUAACGAAGCCUCAGUCAUACACAAUCUUUACACUCGCUACCAGGCCGAUCUCAUAUACACAUACUCCGGUCUCUUCUUGGUGACCAUCAAUCCUUAUUGUCCCCUGCCCAUCUAUGGCAAUGACUAUGUUAGAAUGUACAAAGGCCAGACCAGGGAAGACACACGCCCACACAUAUUUGCUGUUUCGGAUGCAGCAUUUCGAAGACUGGUGGAAGAAGGAGAGAACCAGAGUAUUCUAGUCACUGGAGAAUCUGGCGCCGGCAAAACUGAAAACACUAAAAAGGUCAUCCAGUACCUCGCCGCUGUUGCAACAUCCGACCUGGACACACCAUUAACGGGCAGAACUCCUGGCAAGCAGCUUUCCAACCUCUCCCAGCAGAUCUUGCGUGCAAAUCCUAUACUUGAAUCUUUCGGCAAUGCACAGACAGUACGAAACAAUAACUCGUCAAGAUUCGGUAAAUUCAUCAGGAUUCAGUUUACGCGAUCGGGCCAGAUCGCGGGUGCAUUUAUCGAUUGGUACCUCCUCGAAAAGUCAAGAGUCGUAAAAGUCAGUCAGCUAGAAAGAAGUUACCACAUAUUUUACCAGCUACUGGCCGGAGCAGACCAAAGAAUAAGAGACGCUCUCCUUCUGUCCGGAAUGGAUGUAGAGAAUUUCGCCUAUAUCCGUGCCGGAAAUGAAACCAUCAGUGGCGUAUCUGAUCGAGAUGAGUGGAACACCCUGAUCGAAGCAUUCCAUAUCAUGAACUUUUCAGAAAAGGAGCAAAUGGCAAUCUUCAAGACUAUCGCGGCAAUCCUGCACCUCGGAAAUGUGGCCGUACGACAAGAAAGCAGGGCUGCUGACCAGGCGACCUUGACUCCGGAGGCGAAAGCAUCCGUUGAUAAGGCCUGUAGACUUCUAGGGGUGCAAACCGAGCCAUUCAUCAAAGGUUUACUUCACCCCAAAGUCAAGGCUGGAAGAGAAUGGGUCGAGAAAGUCCAAACGCCAGAGCAGGUCAGGCUUGCACUCGACGCUCUCGCCAAGGGUAUCUAUGAACGAGGCUUUGGGGAUUUGGUGAACAAGAUCAACGGCCAACUCGAUCGGGGCGGUGUCAGCAGCGAUGACAGUCACUUUAUCGGAGUACUUGAUAUUGCCGGUUUUGAAAUUUUCGAGAACAACAGCUUUGAACAACUCUGCAUCAACUACACAAACGAAAAGCUCCAACAAUUCUUCAACCAUUAUAUGUUUGUCUUAGAACAAGAGGAAUAUGCUCGAGAACAAAUCGAAUGGCAAUUCAUCGAUUUCGGAAAGGAUCUUCAGCCAACCAUCGAUUUGAUCGAGCUUCCUAACCCCAUUGGUAUCUUUUCUUGCCUGGAUGAGGAUUCUGUCAUGCCCAAGGCGACAGACAAGUCAUUUACAGACAAGCUCCAUUCCUUGUGGGAGAAGAAAACCCCCAAGUAUGCGGCGGCAAAGACCAGACAAGGUUUCAUUUUGACUCAUUAUGCUGCCGAAGUAGAAUACUCUACCGAAGGCUGGCUUGAGAAGAACAAAGACCCUCUGAAUGACAACCUUACCCGCCUAUUGGCAUGCUCCAAAGACAGCCACAUUGCCAAUCUGUUUGGCGAUUGUGUUGAUGAAGUCGACGAGCCGUACAGCCCUCGAAGUCGUGUCAAAAAGGGGUUGUUCCGGACUGUUGCUCAGAGACAUAAAGAGCAAUUGAGCUCCUUGAUGCGACAGUUGCACUCAACACAGCCACACUUUGUUCGUUGCAUUUUGCCAAAUCACAAAAAGAAGCCCAAACAGUUCAACGCGCCUCUCGUCUUGGACCAAUUGCGGUGUAACGGUGUGCUGGAAGGCAUAAGGAUUGCGCGAACAGGUUUCCCUAACAGACUCACUUUUGCUGAAUUCAGAUCAAGGUAUGAAGUGCUCUGUGAAAACAUGCCUAAAGGUUACCUUGGAGGCCAGGAGGCUGCUAAGAUUAUGCUCGACCGGCUGAAGAUGGAUGGCCAAAACUAUAGAGUAGGUUUGACCAAGGUCUUUUUCAGAGCGGGUGUGCUGGCGGACUUGGAAGAGCAGCGAGACAGUCUUAUCCGAGACAUCAUGUCGAGGUUCCAAUCUGUCGCUCGUGGGUUUAUGCAGCGACGUGUGGCGUUCAAGCAGCUUUACCGAGCGGAAGCAACUAGGGUCAUUCAACGGAACCUCAAUGUGUAUCUCGACCUCCAGGCAAACCCCUGGUGGCGUCUUUUUGUCCGGAUGAAGCCUCUGCUAGGAGCGACCAGGACUGCGAGCGAAGUCAAGAGGCGUGACGAAAAGAUUGAGAUGCUUCAGACCAAGAUGCAACAAGAAGCUGCCGAGCGCCAUCGUGUCGAAGACGAACGACGUCGUGCUGAAAUCGACGUCCAGCGGGUCCGACAGACCCUUGAGGCUGAACGUGCCUUGGCUCUUGAUAAGGAGGAGAUAUUCAAGCGUCUCCAAUAUCGCGAAAGUGAAUUGACCGAGAAGCUAUCCGAAGCCAUCACUGAGCAAGAGACUCUGGAGGACCAACUCGACGCAGCUCUCGAUUCUAAAAAGAAGACCGAAGAAGAAUUGAACACGCGUCGUGAACAAGUGUUGCAAGCCGGUCAGAUCAUAACAAGACUCGAAGCGGAGAAGAAAGACAUGCAGCGACAAAUUGAGCGGUUGGAAGAAGAGAUUGAGAACGUCGAGAAGCAUCACUCGUCAACGGACAAUCGGCUCGAAAAUAUCAGUCAGGAACUCCGCACGCUCAAGUCUCAGUUGGGGGUCAAGGACAGGAAGAUUGCUGAACUCGAGUCUUCCCUACAUCAAGCCGAACGAGAAAAGGACAAUAAAUCCACGUCUCUCGAGCAGGAAGUGCGUUCGUUACGAAGUCAAAUAUCCCAGCGCGAGCGCACAACGGAGGAACUCGAAAAGAAACUCCAGCGCUCCGAGUCAUUACGAGCGGAAGAGACCAAGCAUAAGACCGAGGACUACGAGUCGCAGAUCCGUGCUCUGAAGAGUGAAUUGUCCGGCAAGGAACGCAAGGUCCACGAUCUCGAAGGCACGUUGUCAAAGAUUGACAAAGACGCAGAGACGAAGCUUGCCCAUGCCAACGACGAGCUCGGUAAUGCCAAGAAGCUUCUACGAGAACUUCAAGGUCAGAACGAGGAAUUGCGCAAUCAAAUCACGAGUAUGACCAGCGCCAGCAGCAAGCACGAAGAAGCUCUUCGGCGGAAGGAGGGUGAAUUGUCAGCAUUGAUGGCGGACAUUGAGGCUCACGAGGAGGAGAAGGCGAUUCUCAGGCGUGAAAUCGACGGACUGAGUGGUCAACAUGGCGACAUGCAGGCCAAGCAUCGUGGAUUACAGGAUGACAUUGAAGCCAUGCGGACUCAGAGGAUCAAGAUGGAAAAGGAGGCGAUUGAGGUCAGAAAAGCACUCGAGCGAGUUAUGCCGUUCUUUUCACAGAACUUUUCUUGAGCACCACGGGCAUGAUGGAUAGGGGCUGUUUUACGAAGCGUGAUGAGCAUGGUUGGAUUGCUAGCGUUUUUUCCCCUUUGGACUUUUUGUUUUUUUGGUUGUGAGUUUUGGCGAGCAAGGUUUGUACUGUACGUGUGUUUGGGUCGCUGAGUACAUAAUCUCCAGGAGACUUGCGUAGCAUGCAAAUGUGUACAUGAGUUUUAUCGAAA